GGAUGGGACAUUUGAUGACAUGAGAAAGGGCCGUGGUUUAGAUGAAGAAACUGUAAAACGUGUCAUCUGUCAUUAAAUAUUAAAGACACACAGAGAAUCACAACGAAGAGACAAUGUGGGGUGGGUCUGUUUAAUCUCAGGAACCUGUUAGUGUUGAGGAGGAUGAAUAUAAAAGCCUGAUUUGAGUAUUGUAAUGUUUCCACAGGGUCGCUACAUUAUUUAAGAAAACUGGAUUGAUGAAGAGGAUGUCCUUUUUAUUUUUCUACUGUUUAUAAUACCUCUAGAAUGUGAACUACGUAUAUUUCUGAUCCACUCCGGAACAGAAGGGUGGCGGUAAUGCACCGUGAAGCUGGAUGCUAACCGCUGUAAAACCCGAAGAAGACGAAGUCGUCGGACCGUUGAUUCUGCGACACCAGUUUCCGGUGUGGUGCAGCUCGUUGCUCCCUCGCAUUGGAUGUAGUUUGAUUGAAACUACAAAAAAAACAUUGUGCAGCUCCACUUUCCUCCAUAACUGACUGAGAAUCAGUUAUAACACUUUCACCGAAGGAGGAGAGACAACCAGGCCGCCAAGAUGCCGAGAAUCAUGAUUAAAGGAGGCGUGUGGCGCAACACGGAGGAUGAGAUCCUCAAGGCGGCCGUGAUGAAAUAUGGGAAAAACCAGUGGUCUCGAAUCGCCUCCCUGCUGCAUCGCAAGUCUGCCAAACAGUGUAAAGCUCGAUGGUACGAGUGGUUGGAUCCCAGCAUCAAGAAGACAGAAUGGUCCCGAGAAGAGGAGGAGAAGCUGCUGCAUCUGGCCAAGCUGAUGCCCACCCAGUGGAGGACCAUCGCUCCCAUCAUCGGACGCACCGCCGCUCAGUGCCUGGAGCACUACGAAUACCUGCUAGACAAGGCAGCACAAAAGGAUAAUGAGGAGGAAGUGGGAGACGACCCCAGGAAGUUAAAACCAGGAGAGAUCGAUCCGAACCCUGAAACUAAACCUGCCCGACCCGACCCGGUGGACAUGGACGAAGAUGAGCUGGAGAUGCUGUCGGAGGCCAGAGCUCGACUGGCCAACACUCAGGGCAAGAAAGCCAAGAGGAAGGCCAGAGAGAAGCAGCUGGAGGAGGCCAGGCGUUUGGCGGCUCUGCAGAAACGCAGAGAGCUGAGAGCGGCUGGGAUCGACGCUCAGAAGAAGCGGAAGAAGAAGAGGGGAGUGGACUACAACGCUGAGAUCCCCUUCGAGAAGAAGCCUGCAUCGGGUUUCUAUGACACCAGCAUGGAGGAGUACAACGCCCAGGAGCCCAACUUCAAACGGCUCCGACAGCAGCAUCUGGACGGAGAUCUGCGCAAUGAGCAGGAGGAGAAAGACAGGAAGAAAGACAAACAGAAGAUCAAGAAGAAGAAGGAGAGCGACCUCCCGUCGGCCAUCUUGCAAACCAGCGGGGUCGCAGAGUUCACCAAGAAACGCUCCAAGCUGGUGCUGCCCAUUCCUCAGAUCAGUGACGCUGAGCUGGAGGAGGUGGUGAAGCUGGGCGUGGCGAGCGAAGUGGCCCGUCAGGCGGUGGAGGAGAGCGAGAGCGGGAACUCUGCCUCCUCAGCCCUCCUAUCAGAGUACAGCGUCACCAACGCCAUGGCAACGGGGCAGAGAACCCCCCGCACCCCCCUAAUACAGGACAGGAUACUGCAGGAAGCCCAGAACCUGAUGGCUCUGACGAACAUCGACACCCCUCUGAAGGGAGGCCUGAACACCCCGCUGCACGAGAGCGACUUCAGCGGAGUGACGCCUCAGAAAACACAAUCUCAGACUCCCAACACCGUCCUCACCACACCCUUCAGAACCCCCACUCAGAGUCAGGGUGACGGGAUGACCCCUCAGUCUGCAGUGAUGACCCCUCGGGGGGCCGUGACCCCCGGGUCGACCCCUGCCAGAACUCCUCUGAGAGACAAACUAAACAUCAACAGUGAGGAGCAGCUGGCUGACCCCGCCUUCUCCAAACACCUGCAAAGGGAGAGCCUGCAGCAGCUGAGGCAGGGUCUGUUGUCACUUCCUGUUCCCAAAAACGACUUCGAGAUCGUUCUCCCGGAAAACGCAGAGAAGGAUCUGGAGGAAACGGAGUCGGAGACGGGAUUCACGGAGGACUCCUCAGACGUGGAGGAUCGCAAACAGGCUGUUCGUGACUUAGAGAGAGAGAAGGAGCUGAAGCUGAGACACACUUCUGUUCAGAGGAACCUCCCCAGACCCACCGAGGUGAACGAGUCGGUGCUCCGCCCCUCCUCCAUGGAGACGCUGCAGGACCUCCAGCUGGCCGAGGAGCUGAUCAAACAGGAGAUGAUCACCAUGCUGCACUUCGACUGUCUGCACCACCCGUCAAUCAACAGGGACAGCCAAUCACAGCGCGGGAAAACCAGAGGGCCCGCCUCCACCUCCAACAACGCCUCGCAUAUCGGACACCUGGAGACACACCCCUACAAACCCGUCCCCACAGAGGACAUGGAGCUGGCGAAGGCGGUGCUGGCAGCAGAGAUGGAGGUGGUGAAGGGGGGGAUGGGUCACGGAGAUCUGAGCAUGGAGGCCUACAGCCAGGUGUGGGAGGAGUGCUACGGACAGGUUUUAUAUCUCCCCGCUCAGAACAGAUACACCCGAGCCAACCUGGCGUCAAAGAAAGAUCGGAUUGAAAGCCUGGAGAAAAAACUGGAGGUGAAUCGAGGUCACAUGACAGCAGAAGCUCGCAGAGCGGCUAAACUGGAGAAGAAGCUGAAGAUCCUGCUGGGAGGGUUUCAGUCCCGAGCUCUGGGGCUCCUGAAGCAACACAACGAAAUCUGGGAACAGGUGGAGCAGUCUGCCACGGAGCUGAAGACCUUCGAUCAGCUGAAGAAACAAGAGGACACGGCGAUCCCCAGAAGAAAAGAGGCUCUGCGGGAGGACGUGGAGCGGCAGAUGGAGCGAGAGAGAGAGCUGCAGCACAGAUAUGGAGAGCUGAUGAUGGAGAGAGAGGAGUUCAUCAACUCAGAGCAGAAAUACUGACACACACACUCUCACUCUCUCACACUCUCUCUCACACACUCUCUCUCACACACUCUCACUCUCUCUCUCUCACACUCUCUCUCACACUCUCUCUCACACUCUCUCACGCUACGAUAAAUGAUAAACGUGUCUCUCGAUCUAAAGUUGUUGUUUUUUUUCAAUGUUAGCAGCAGUCCCAGAGAUAAGCCCCGCCCCCAGAGAUAAGCCCCGCCCCCAAUGUGCUUAUGUUGCUAUGAUGUCAUACGCUGAGUUGUGAGCAUGCUCAGUUGUUUCUGUUUCUGUACUAGUGACCAAUAAAGUUUCUUUUCAACAAUUA